AUGGUUCACUACGUCGAUGUGAGCGGCGGGUGGGAUGCGGGUGAGUGCGAUUGGUGCUUCGACCGUGCCGUGGCGUAUAGAGCUGCAGACGCCCUGGGUGAGGGCGUCACGUCGUUUCUUGUGCACCUCCAUCGCGAUCAGUCACCCGCCAUCCCCCGUGCUCCCCCAAGCCGACCCACCAGGGUGAUGCUUGACUUUUCCUGGAAUGUACCGGUGCAGCGGAUAAGGGGGCAGCAAGGGGGGCUGGGGGGACAGCAGGGGAGGCAAGGCGGGCAGCAAGGGGGGAUGGGAGGGCAACAGCGGAGGCAAGGCGAGCAGCAGGGGAUGUCGCCUCGGGAGCAGCUCGUCUGGAAGUGUGAGAAGGUACCGCUGCUAUGCGUGCAAGCUAUGCUGCUCGAGUGGAUGGCUGAGCCUCGUGUAGCCCAGCUGGGGGCGGGCAGGCAGGUGGAGAACGACUGCUUCGCGUCCAUGCUGGUGCAGGUGCUGGGGGUGAAGGAGAGUGCUCAUCUGCAGGAAGGAUUUGGUGCUCUUAUGCAGAAUCUGCUGACAGGCGGGCUGGAGAAGACAGAUGCGGAGGGGAGGAGCAGUGCUGGUGAAGGUGAAGGUGAAGAUGGUGGUAGUGGGGGUGUGGAGAGGGGUGGUGGUAAUGGUGGGAGCAAUGGGAAGGGUGAGCAGUGGAGGAGGGAGCAUCUGAAGGGGCGUGAGUGGGAGAGGUAUGUGAAUGACCCUGUUAUCGGGCUGCUCACCUAUCGGGUUGCUCGCAUAUUGCAGUGGCUUCGGAUCUACGGCUCAGAUUCCAUCUCUGCCAAGAGCUGCUUCAAGGACAGCCCACGAGGAAAGGUCCUGCCCAUGCGCCACCCGCUUCGGGAUCUUCCGAGCCUGCUGGUCAGGUUCGGCGCUGUUCUCCCGCCACUGGAUGGAGGCAGCCGACUUGCGGAGUGGGAGGAGUGGCCUGAGGGGGAUGAAGCUGCUGUAAAGUUUCCUGUCGACGCCAGUGCCAGAUGUUUUGAGCUGGGCCGGAGGAAUAGCAGUCUGGGUCGCAAGAACAGAGGUCAUGAGGCAACGCAGCAGCAGGGGAAGUCUUCGACGAAAGCUCCCACUGAAGAAGCGCCUGCAUUUCCGAGCGAGUGCUAUCCCAUCGUGCGCUGCAAGGCAGAUGCUGAUUACUUAGUUGAGAUCCUCGGUGUGUUUUUGAAGGCACCUGCGUGUGCCCAGUGCAGCACAUGCAUCAGCAGGUUCGUCUCCCUCGUCCCCGUUGUCGCUCUCAUCGCCAACUUCGCCUACCUCCCUGCCGCCGCUCUUCUCGACUGCGUCCUCUCUGUCUUCCCACCGCACACUGAGGAGUUCCUCCGCCUUCUCAAACGCAUGGGGCUGGCCGUUCCGCCCACCCCCGUAUCUGUCUCGCUGAGCAGCCUUUCUGCCACGCGCAGCAGGCUGCUUGAGUUGAUGGAAGACGUAAAUUUCUUCCGCAUCUCCUUCCUGCUCCACACAGCGCCUCUUUGCUCCACGUCUCUCCUGGAGCAGAUCAGGCCUGAGGGGCAGCAGAGUUUGCUCGUUGGAGGAGAGUGCAGGGUUGUGUGGGAGGAGGUACAGUCAUGGCUCAUCGCAGUAAUGCUUCCGGUUGAUGGUGUUGGAGUGAGGGGGGCGGCCUGCAGUGGCAGCCAGUCAAGGAAGGAGGAUUUGAGUGCACGUAUGGAAGAGGUAACUGAGAUGUAUCUUAGUGUUCAUUGCAGCAGCAGCAGCAGCAGCAUCUUUAGCAAGCAGACAAGCAAGGAGGGGAAUGAGCCAGAUUACCUGAAGGCAUGGCCGGGGGGAGUCAAUCUGUUCGCAUGUCUGCGAGAGAUGCUGCUGGGGGAACCAUGCUACCGCCCUGCCGCUUCUGCUGCGUAUUCCAUCCCUUCUGCAGCGAGCAGGCAUACUGCUGCUGUUGCUCCAGACGUGCAAGGCCAUGUGUGCGGUGCUGCGGGGUGUGGAACGGUGGAGGGUGGUGGUGUGAAGCUGAGAAUCUGUGGUGCGUGUGGCAAGGUGGCGUAUUGCAGCAGAGAGUGUCAAAAGGCGCACUGGCCCUCCCACAAGCUCACAUGCCCAGGCAGGACCAGCGGCAAGAGGAGUGGGAAGAACAGUAGCAAGGUGAGUGGCAAUGUGAGUGGCAGGAGGGAGGUGACUUUUGGGUCAACUCUAAAGCUGUGA